GGAAACAUGAUAGCAAUGGCCAUUGACAAUGCCUCAAAAUGCAACUCUUAUAUUCCAGUAUACGGCGGGAACUACGUCGACAGGAACUGCAAGAAGCACAUGCUGUACGUCAGCUUCCGAGAUCUCGGCUGGCAGGACUGGAUCAUAGCUCCAGAUGGGUAUGCAGCAUUUUACUGCGCCGGGGAAUGCGAUUUCCCACUGAAUGCCCACAUGAACGCCUCGAACCACGCGAUCGUGCAGACGCUGAUGCAUCUGAUGGCACCUUCGAAGGCGCCGAAGCCGUGUUGCGCGCCGACCAAGGGAUUGUCCCUUCUCCCUUCUGAAGGAGGAGAAGCGGCGUUGGGAGUCUCUCUGGGCGCCGAAAUAGAUGGGGCCGGUCCUGUUGAAUCUUUGGAAUGA